AUGUCUGUAUUUUUGUGUUGUUCAUCUUCUGAAAUGUCUAUAUGUUUGUGUUGUUCAUCUUCUGGGAUAUCUAUAUUUUUGUCUGUCUAUUUCACAUCCAUAAAGACUUUUAGGAAACUGUGCGUUGAUCCUGACCACCAGGCUGACCGUCAUGCUAUUUUACUGGAGGCGGGCGAAGAGGUCCCGCUCUUGUUGCAUCUGGAGGGGCACUUGUCUUCCAAGACUCAUCAUGAGGAGAGAGAUAUGUUCCGUACUUCUGGAAACUUUGUGGGUGCACGUAUUUGGAACGGUGCUUUGUCUGCUGCUUUUCAUUCUCAAAUAGACGCUACGGGUUUCGACUGUCUUGCUAGUGGUUUGUUUACUGCGACGAGUAUCUACCACAGCGUUUCUCUGCGUGCACUAAUGGAGCGGUGGAUUGAUACCACCCAUACUUUUCACUUGCCGGUUGGAGAGUUGACAACGGCUCCUUUGGAUUUCUUGCUGAUCACAGGGAUGACUUUCGGAGGUUCGCCUGUGCCUUUUGAUGGCGGUUUGGGAUUUUACGAUCAGAGGGAUGCGUAUAUCUUCGAGAUGCUGGGUUUUGUUCCGGAGAUGAAGGGUCGUAGUCUUCGACAGCCUAAGCUGUACAAUCGUUAUAAGGAAAGCUUUCCCCGGACUAGCAAUGAGGUUGAUCUGAUUGCCCGAGCUUUCUUCUGUUAUCUGCUUGGGUCUACUCUGUUCUGUAGAUCAGGUGCGACUCUACCACUUUACGUGAUGCCAACCUUAGAGGACUUGGACGCGGUCAGUUCCUAUGAUUGA